UUUAAGUGACGUUCCAUGACGUCGGGAUUUCCGCAUCGCCAUGUUAAUUUCGUGGAAUCAGGAUGAAGUAGCUAGCUAAGCGAUUUGUGGAAGGCGUAAUAUCAUUAUGGAAAUGCCUCUCUGACCACGGUGAAGCUUACAUUUGGAAGUGAGGGUGUUACCUUCGGUAGCAGGAAGGCAUCCUGAGACCAUGUUGGCUCGUCUGUUCAGGCUCCAUGGCCUGCUGGUGGCCUCCCACCCGUGGGAGGUAAUAGUGGGCACCCUCGCUCUCAACAUCUGCCUCAUGUCUAUGAACAGUCUGGCAGCCAGCAGCCAGAUGUGCAGCUGGAAUGAAUGCCCCAAAGUCGAGGAGAAAAUUCACAGCAGUGACAUAAUCAUCCUAACAGUCACACGCUGCAUGGCCAUCGUUUACAUCUAUUUCCAGUUCAAGAAUCUACGACAACUGGGAUCCAAAUAUAUACUGGGUAUUGCAGGGUUAUUCACAGUAUUUUCCAGCUUUGUUUUCAGUACAGUGGUCAUCCACUUCUUUGGGAAAGAGCUGACAGGUCUUAAUGAAGCCCUGCCGUUCUUUCUCCUGCUCAUUGACCUGUCCAAAGCAUGCGCAUUGGCCAAAUUUGCCCUCAGCUCAAACUCUCAGGAGGAAGUGAGGGAGAACAUCUCCCAGGGCAUGGCCAUCCUGGGCCCCACCUUUACCCUGGAUGCUCUGGUUGAGUGUCUUGUCAUUGGGGUUGGUACCAUGUCAGGGGUGCCUCAAUUAGAGAUCAUGUGUUGUUUUGGCUGUAUGUCUGUCCUGGCCAAUUACUUUGUCUUCAUGACCUUCUUCCCUGCGUGUGUCUCCUUGGUCCUGGAGCUGUCCAGGGAAAGUCGUGAGGGCCGUCCAAUCUGGCAACUGAGCCACUUUGCCCGUGUGCUGGCUGAAGAAGAGGACAACAAGCCCAAUCCUGUGACCCAGAGGGUUAAAAUCAUCAUGUCUCUGGGCCUGGCCUUGGUUCAUGCUCACACUCGACUAGCAGCUGAGCAUCCAGGUCCGAAUCGCACGGCGGAGGGUCCCAUAGCUAAGAGACUGGAAUCUGAUGAUACUAUGUUGCCUCUGAAGCUCACCAGUAUGGACCUGGAACAGGUGAUAACUCUCGGUCUUGCCCUGCUCCUGGCUGUGAAGUACGUCUUCUUUGAGCAAACCGAGACAGAGUCUUCCCUGUCUAUUAAGAGUCCCAUUAUCAGCUCUGCUCCAACUCAGAAGCCCAGGGUGGUAGGGGACUGCUGCAGGAGGGACUUACCAGCCCCGAAACCCCAGAAAACCAUGAACGGUACCUUAGCAACCAACCCUACCACGCUUGUUGUCUCAGACUCUAAACUUUCCCCUGGGGCUGACACGGCGUUCAGAGAGAAGGAGGCGACUCAGCCUCCAGCAGUCUCAGUGGAUAACAGCCCCUGUGUUUCAUGUUUUGGGGAGUCUCUUGCUCAGACACCUUGUCUUCCUCAAAGUAGCUGUGAUUCAGAGCCCCGGACCCUGGAGGAAUGUGUGGCCAUCCUCUCAGAUCCUCAGAGGGGUGCCCGUUUUCUUAGCGAUAAAGAGGUGAUGAACCUGGUAACCUCGCGUAACAUCCUGAACUAUAAACUGGAAGCUGUCCUCGAGACUCCAGAGAGGGGCGUGGCCAUCAGGAGGGAAAUGCUAUCACCCAAACUGCCUGUUCACUCUGCCUUGGCUUGUCUGCCUUAUAAGGACUACGACUAUUCUAAGGUGAUGGACACAUGCUGUGAAAAUGUCAUUGGCUACAUACCAGUGCCAGUAGGAGUGGCUGGUCCUCUUCUGUUGGAUGAGAAGCAGUUUUACAUUCCCAUGGCAACCACAGAGGGCUGUCUGGUAGCCAGCACUAACAGAGGAUGCAGGGCACUUUCUCUGAGCAGGGGUUGCCGCAGCAGUAUCCUAGCUGACAGUAUGACCAGGGGUCCUGUGGUGAGGCUGCCCUCAGCGUGCCGGGCAGCAGAGGUCAAAGGCUGGCUCGAGACCUCGGCCGGAUUCAGCAUGAUCAAAGAGGCUUUCGACCAGACCAGCAGGUUUGCGCGCCUGGAGAAGCUGUUGGUGGGCUUAGCUGGGAGGAACUUGUACAUUCGUUUCCAGUCUCAGACAGGAGACGCCAUGGGCAUGAACAUGCUUUCCAAGGGGACCGAGAAGGCUCUUUACAGACUCCAGCAGCAGUAUCCAGAUAUGGAGGUGCUGUCGGUCAGUGGCAACUAUUGCACUGACAAGAAGUCUGCUGCCAUAAACUGGAUCAUGGGCAGGGGAAAGUCUGCUGUGUGUGAGGCCACCAUCCCUGCUGAUGUGGUCAGGGAGGUGUUGAAAAGCAGUACAGCUGCUCUGGUGGAGCUGAACAUCAACAAGAACUUGGUGGGCUCGGCCAUGGCUGGCAGUAUCGGGGGCUUUAAUGCUCAUGCUGCCAACAUUGUAGCAGCCAUCUACAUCGCCUGUGGACAGGACCCAGCUCAGACAGUGGGGAGCUCCAACUGUAUCACUCAGAUGGAGCCUGCUGGUCCAGAAGGGGAGGACCUGUACAUCAGCUGCACUAUGCCCUCCAUCGAGGUGGGCACUGUGGGAGGAGGCACUAACCUGCCGCCACAGCAGGCCUGUCUGCAGAUGCUUGGUGUCCAAGGUGCCAGUUCCAACCAGCCGGGCGAGAAUGCUCGUCAGCUGGCCCGUGUGGUUUGUGCCACCGUGCUGGCAGGAGAGCUCUCCCUGAUGGCUGCUCUAGCUGCUGGACACCUCGUCAAGAGCCACAUGGCCCACAACAGAUCUAAAACAAACCUGUCAGAAACACCUUCGUCAAAGUCGGAGACAGCCGCGUGACAUCAAAUGUUGAUGGUCAGUCAGCCAGACUGGGUGAGCUCUCCAGCUAAAAGAAGAAAACUGAGAGGACUGAAUUGUCUCCUGAUGAUGUGGUUCUGAAGGGAGAUCUGUGGGUUGUGGACAUCCAGACUAAUAGGCUAAUAACCAGAGCCAACACAGGCUGAAGACCACAGCCAACGUGUGCUUGUUUUGUGUCGCCUGACUGAUUGCAUUAUGACAUUUUGGGUUGAAAUGUUAUGUUGCAGUUACUUAUUUGUGCCAUUUGUCUGCAACUGAACAUUGCAGUAGUGUUUUGGAAAGAUGUCGUUGUUGUUGGCAAUCAUCUUUAAGACUGACUUAUUGAUGAGGUUUGGAUUGGUAAAAUCCACCAUGCUGCACAGUGUUGAACAAGUAUCCUGUACCUCUUAAGAGUCGUAAGGCCAAAAGCAAAUAGCUUUCCCUGUCAUACAAUGGAAAGACAACUUCCACAUUAAUGCUUGUAUGGUUCCAUCUAAACUGCAUGACGUGAGAUCUUCAGACAGGUGUAACAUCUGUCUUUCUCUGAGAAGCUCAUCUUUGCACUUGCCAAAAGCUUGCUUGGGACAGCGCUGUUACUGCUGUAGGUGACAUUUGCUCAAGUUUAAAAUGCCAACUUUGAAUGUAUGUUGUACUAAAUCAAUGUUGUAGGAUAUCACUUGGGCAAACCUUCCUGAAUGAAGGUGCUACUGUAUACUGUAGAAUGACUGGCUGCUGGUUCCAGGAAGGAAAAAGCACCUGCCAGCAGAGGUUUUUGUCACAGGCAGGUUGCUUCUUUGUAUUAAGGCUAAUAGGAAAACCGGAAAAUCAAAGCCAUAUUAACUCGUUUAAUAAACUUUUACGGUAUGCUAUGGUAUGUGCGGAACGGUUGGAGGAUUUAUUGGCAUGAGGGGAGGAAAAAGAAUGGGUUUAAGGUAUCACUGACCACAGAUACUGCAGGUUCUUGUAGUCCUUGGAAAGCUGUGAAGCUCAGAAGUGGCCUUACAUACAGUAUGUCAUGGAGAGGUUGAGAUAUAGCAUGCUCUAGAUAGAAUAAUUAAUUUCAAGAUUGUUUGUUUUAUUUAAAAAAUAAAUAACACUACGUUCCCUCUUA